AUGCAGGGCAGCAGCAAGCGCCUGCUGCGGGCUGCCGCCGCCCGCCCAGUGCUGGCCGCUGGCGGCGAUGCGGGGGACGACUUGGAGGAGAUGCGGGAGCGGCGUGACGAGCUGCUGCGCAUCAAGGAGGAUCUGGAUGUGGGGCUGAACACAGACGAGGACGAGGAGCUGGCAGGCAUCACCGAGCGCCUUCUGAAGUUUGGCUACCUGGAGGACACAGGCUCGCUGGAUGAAGUGGUGCCUGGGAUCGGCUCGGAUGGGACAGAUGAGGAGUAUGAGGAGGUGGUGGCGGAGCUCUUCUCGUCAGACGACGAUGAGGAAGAGGAGGAGGAGGAGGAGGAGGACAGCGAAGAGAGUGAGGACAGCGAGGAGAGCGAGGAGGAGGAGGAGGAGGAGGAGGGGGACGUGCUGACGGCGGCGGACAGGGAGAGCGAGGUGGCGCCGCGGCGCAAGGUGGCGCGCAAGCCGCCAUCCGACCUGGCCAUCGACAGCAUUGUGCUGGAGGCGCAGCGCGGCGGCACACAGGACAUGCGCAACAUGGGCAUGUUUGCCACCAGCUCUCCAGGCGUGGGUGGAGAGCAGGGCGAGCCCGGGGCCAACGGCGAGCAGGAGGAGGCCCCGCAGGCCAGGUUCCCCGAGCCGCCGGCACGCAGCUACCGGCUCGCGGAGCUGCUGCGGCUUGCGGGCUAUGAGGAGCAGGCAAGCGCGCAGCCAGGGAUGCUGGCAGACAGCGGACGCAGCCAGGGCCCCUGGCCACACAGGCGGCAGCUAGCCAUGGCCGCCGCCGCGGCUUACUGGCGCCGGCUCAGCCCGUCUAGUAUCCGCUCCACCGCUGUGCUGCAGGCUGCCUCUGCGCCUGACGUGGACAUCCGCAACAUCCUUACCUGCAACUCGAUAUCUGGGGGGGAGGACUCGCUGUAUGUGUGCGUCCCCUCGGCAGACGGCCAGUGCGACGGGCACGAUUGGGCGGAUGAGGCUUCUGAGAUGGGCGCCGUGGCGGUGAUUGCGGGGCGGCCGCUGCCCGACGCGCUGCUGCCGGUGGUGGUGGUGGACGACGUGGCGGCGGCGCUGGGCAGCCUGGCGGAUGCCUUUUACGAGCGGCCCUCGCGCCGCAUGCGCACCGUGGGGGUGGUGGGGUCCUACGGCAAGACCACCACCGCCUGGCUGUCACGCGGCAUGUUUGAGGAGACGGCGGAGCGAUGCGGCAUGAUUGGCACAAUCGAGUAUGCUCUGGAGGAGGUGCGGCUGACGGAGGAGGGCGAGGUGUGGGUGGCGGAGGAGCAGGACGUCACGCUGCAGGCAGGUGGCGGCCUGCGCGACUGCUCCUCCCCCUUCCACAUCACCCCCUACGAGGGCAAGUACCCCCAGGUGCCCACCACCCCCGAUGCCCUGCACAUGCAAAAGGCGCUGGCGGGGUGCGCGGACCGCGGCGCCAGCGUGGCGCUGGUGGAGUGUGACCCGGCCAGCCUGGGAGACGGCAGGGCCGACCAUGUCGACUUUGAUGUGCUUGUCUACACCAACAGCUACGCGGAGAAGGAGGCGGGGGCGGAGGGAGGCAGCCAGGCCUGCCACGACCGCGUGGCCGAGCUGUUCCGGCGCGUGCAGGGGGACGUGGAGCGGCAGCGGGCGGUGAUCAACAUAGAUGACCCGCUGGGGGCGGAGCUGGCGCAGGCGGCUGCGGCUGCGGGCGCCACCGUGCUGACCUACUCAGCCGACAGCCGGGAUGCCGACAUCUACGCGGAGAAGGCCAAGAGCUCCAUCUGGGAGACGGAGGUGCUUGUGAACACGCCGCUGGGGCGCCUGCAGAUCAUCACGCCGCUGCUGGGGCGCAGCAACGUGUGCAACGUCCUGGCGGCCGUGAGCACGGGCAUCGCGUGCGGCGUGCCGCUCAAGAACAUUGUGGCAGGGAUAGAGGCCGUGGACAUCAUCCCCGGCCGCUGCGAAAUCAUCGACGAGGGGCAGCCCUUCAGCGUGGUGGUGGACAGCGCGUCCACCCCCGAGCAGCUGUCCCGGCUGCUGGACGAAGUGAAGGAGGCUGGGUCCAAGCGCGUGCUGCUCGUGUUUGGCUGCCCCGGCACCACCAGCAUGGCCCACUACAAGGGCGACGCCAUCUUCAUUACCAACGACUCCCCCGGCGCCUCCUGGCCCUCCGACGUCAUCGCCGACAUGGUGGGGGGCCUGCCCACCGAGGUGACCAACAAGUACACGGGCACGGCGUACCCGUUCCUGCAGGACCCGCACCGCGUGCCGCACUGGUUCCAGAAGUACAUGCUGCAGUACCAGUCGGUGGUGGGGGUGUAUGUCAUUGAGGACCGCUUCCAGGCCAUCCGCGUGGCAAUCGGCAUGGCGCGGGCGCGUGACGUGGUGGUGGUGGCGGGCAAGGGCCACAUCGACUGGCAGGAGUACUGGGAUGGGGCGGAGUUUGAUCUGGAGGAGCGCACCACGCUCAAGAGCUGGUUUGACGACCGCGUGGAGUGCCGCAACGCACUGUCCAAGCUGCCGUACCUCAGCGGCAUCAAGGACCUCAACACAGACGUGCUGCCCUGGACGCGGUACCCCGAGGAGCGCGACAUCCUGUCGCUGGAGGGCAUCUCGGAGGCGCCCGUGGGCGACUUCCGGUGA